CCCGCUCGGCUCCGGCGCGGCGGCGACGGCGGCGGCCCUUCCGCCUGGCCGGCCUCGGCCCGGUGCGAGCGGUCCCACGAUGUGGUUGGGCCCGGAGGAGGUGCUGGUGGCCAACGCGCUUUGGGUGACGGAGCGGGCCAACCCCUUCUUCGUGCUGCAGCGGCGCCGCGGCCACGGCAAGGGCGGCGGCCUCACGGGUCUUCUUGUGGGCACCCUGGACGUGGUGUUGGACUCCAGUGCCCGCGUGGCCCCUUAUCGAAUCCUGCACCAGACCCAGGACUCCCAGGUCUACUGGACAGUGGCAUGUGGUUCUUCCCGCAAAGAGAUCACAAAGCACUGGGAAUGGCUGGAAAAUAACUUACUCCAGACGCUGUCCAUCUUUGACAAUGAGGAAGAUAUCACCACCUUCGUCAAGGGCAAGAUACACGGCAUCAUCGCAGAAGAGAACAAGAACCUGCAGCCCCAGGGAGAUGAGGACCCCGGAAAGUUCAAGGAGGCCGAGCUGAAAAUGCGGAAGCAGUUCGGGAUGCCGGAGGGGGAGAAGUUGGUCAACUACUACUCCUGCAGCUACUGGAAAGGUCGCGUGCCCCGGCAGGGCUGGCUCUACCUGACCGUCAACCACCUGUGCUUCUACUCGUUCCUGCUGGGGAAGGAAGUGAGCCUGGUGGUGCAAUGGGUAGACGUCACAAGGCUGGAGAAGAAUGCCACACUGCUCUUCCCCGAGAGCAUCCGUGUGGACACCCGGGACCAGGAGCUCUUCUUUUCCAUGUUCCUGAAUAUCGGUGAGACCUUCAAGCUCAUGGAGCAGCUGGCCAACCUGGCCAUGCGGCAGCUGCUGGACAGUGAGGGCUUCCUGGAGGACAAGGCACUGCCCCGGCCUUCCCGGCCACACAGGAACAUCUCGGCUCUGAAGCGAGACCUGGAUGCCCGAGCCAAGAACGAGUGCUACCGGGCCACGUUCCGGCUGCCCAGGGACGAGCGCCUGGAUGGCCACACAGGCUGUACGCUGUGGACCCCGUUCAACAAACUGCACAUCCCUGGCCAGAUGUUCAUCUCCAGCAACUACAUCUGCUUUGCCAGCAAAGAGGAGGACGCAUGCCACCUCAUCAUACCCCUCCGGGAGGUGACUAUUGUUGAAAAAGCUGACAGCUCCAGUGUCCUGCCCAGUCCUCUGUCCAUUAGCACCAAGAGCAAAAUGACCUUCUUGUUCGCCAACCUGAAAGACCGUGAUUUUUUAGUUCAGAGGAUCUCUGACUUCCUCCAGAAGAUGCCAUCCAAGCAGCCGGGCGGCAGUGGAGUGGGAAGAAAAGCCAGCACUGUGGAGCCGGCCCCAGAGCCUUGCCCAGCUCCUCCAAAGGCGUCAGAUCAGCUCACCAGCCCCUCCACACCCCUUGGUGGCCGCCAAAGCUCCAGUGUGCAGGAUGCACCGACCUCUUCCCAGGGUCUGCUCAAACUCUUCCAGAGAAAUUCGCCCAUGGAGGACCUGGGGGCCAAGGGGGCUAAGGAGAAGAUGAAAGAGGAGUCGUGGAACAUUCACUUCUUUGAGUACGGGCGUGGUAUGUGCAUGUACCGCACGGCCAGAACGCGGGAGCUGGUGCUGAAAGGCAUCCCCGAGAGCCUCCGGGGAGAGCUGUGGCUCCUCUUCUCUGGGGCCUGGAAUGAGAUGGUGACUCACCCUGGCUACUACGAGGAGCUGGUGGAGAAGUCCACAGGGAAGUACAGCCUGGCCACAGAGGAGAUUGAGCGAGAUCUCCACCGCUCCAUGCCUGAGCACCCCGCCUUCCAGAACGACCUCGGGAUCGCUGCUCUCCGGCGGGUGCUGACCGCCUACGCUUUCCGAAACCCCACCAUCGGCUACUGUCAGGCCAUGAACAUCGUCACCUCAGUGCUCCUGCUCUAUGGCAGCGAGGAGGAGGCCUUCUGGCUGCUCGUGGCCCUCUGUGAGCGCAUGCUGCCUGACUACUACAACACCAGAGUGGUGGGGGCCCUGGUGGAUCAAGGCAUCUUUGAAGAGCUGACGAGAGACUUCCUGCCCCAGCUCUCCGAGAAGAUGCAGGACCUGGGGGUGAUUUCCAGCAUCUCACUCUCCUGGUUCCUGACCCUCUUCCUCAGCGUCAUGCCUUUCGAGAGCGCUGUGGUCAUUGUUGACUGCUUCUUCUACGAGGGCAUCAAGGUGAUCCUGCAGGUGGCCUUGGCCAUCCUGGAUGCCAACAUGGAGCAGCUGCUGGGCUGCAGCGACGAGGGCGAGGCCAUGACCGUCCUGGGCAGAUACCUGGAUAAUGUGGUUAAUAAGCAGAGUGUUUCUCCUCCUAUCCCACACCUCCACGCCCUGCUGACUAGUGGAGAUGACCCUCCCACAGAGGUGGACAUCUUCGACCUCCUGAAGGUGUCAUAUGAGAAAUUCAGCAGCCUGAGGGCCGACGACAUUGAACAGAUGCGGUUUAAGCAGAGGCUGAAAGUGAUCCAGUCCCUGGAGGAUACGGCCAAGAGGAGCGUGGUCCGAGCUAUACCUGGGGACAUUGGUUUCUCAAUUGAAGAGCUGGAGGACCUUUACAUGGUGUUUAAGGCCAAGCACCUGGCAAGUCAGUACUGGGGGAGCAGCCGCCCCACGGCUGUGCGUCGGGACCCCAGCCUGCCGUACCUGGAACAGUACCGUAUCGAUGCAGGCCAGUUCCGGGAACUCUUCGCCAGCCUGACACCCUGGGCCUGCGGCUCCCACACGCCUGUACUGGCGGGGCGCAUGUUCCGGCUCCUGGAUGAAAACAAGGACUCUCUGAUCAACUUCAAGGAGUUUGUGACAGGAAUGAGCGGGAUGUACCAUGGGGACCUGACUGAGAAGCUCAAGGCACUCUACAAGCUGCACCUGCCCCCAGCCCUGAGCCCAGAGGAGGCAGAGUCAGCCCUGGAAGCGACCCAUUACUUCACAGAGGACAGCUCCUCAGAAGCAUCUCCUCUGGCCUCAGAUCUGGACAUUUUCCUGCCCUGGGAGGCUCAAGAAGCACUACGGCAGGAAGAGCAAGAGGGAGGUGGAAAUGAGGACGUCCAAGACAAAAAAGGAGAAGAGAAGGGGAUCAGUCCUCCAGACUAUCGCCACUACCUUCGCAUGUGGGCCAAAGAGAAGGAGGUUCAGAAGGAGACGAUUAAGGAUCUUCCCAAGAUGAACCAGGAACAGUUCAUUGAGCUGUGCAAGACGCUUUAUAACAUGUUCAGUGAGGACCCCAUGGAGCAGGACUUGUACCAUGCCAUUGCCACGGUGGCGAGCCUCCUACUCCGCAUCGGCGAGGUGGGGAAGAAGUUUUCUGUGCAGCCGGGCAGGAAGCCCCAGGACAGUGCACCGGAGGAGGAUGAGCUGCCCACCCCAGACCCCCCGCAGGACCCUGCCCCAGAGCUUCAGCCUCCAGCUGCAGGCGACCCCCAGGCCAAAGCCGGGGGAGACACCCACCUUGGGAAAGCUCCCCAGGAGAGCCAAGUGGUGGGCGAAGGGGGCGGCGGCGAGGGGAGGGGCUCCCCCCCCCAGCUUCUGUCCGACGACGAAACCAAAGACGACAUGUCCAUGUCCUCCUACUCAGUGGUCAGCACAGGCUCCCUUCAGUGUGAGGACCUGGCCGACGACACGGUGCUGGUAGGCGGGGAGGCCCGAAGCCCCCCAGCCAUUGCCCGCUGUGGGGGCACCGUGGACACCGACUGGUGCAUUUCCUUCGAGCAGAUCUUAGCCUCCAUCCUGACGGAGUCCGUUCUGGUGAACUUCUUUGAGAAGAGGGUGGACAUUGGACUCAAGAUCAAGGACCAAAAGAAGGUGGAGAGACAGUUCAGCACCUCCAGUGACCUUGAACAGUCUGGACUUUCAGGCUGACGGGGACCUGGUUUGUCUCUCCUCCCCUCCUCCUCCUCCCUCCUGUUCUCUUUUCUCCUUAAGGACACACCCCUCCUGUUCUCCCCAGAUGCAGUGAGUUGUAAUCAAGGGGAAAACAAGGCUGAACAGCCACAGUUGGGCCCAGACAGAGGCUCCCAGCCCCUUCUUCCUGCCUGCCUGGUGGGACCUGCCUUGGUCCCCAUGUAGUGUCAGAGGCUGUCCGUCCUGGCCUGCUUGCCCAGAGCCUCUGUGCCCCAUGCUGUGGCCAGGCCACACCACGCCCUCCACCCCUGGGGAGGGUGGGGGUUCCCAAAGCUGUGUAUUCGGUGGGGGGGGGGGGGGGGACUUUCCUGCCAUUUGGCACCAGGCAGGAGGUCACAUGUCUAUUGGGCAUCAAAGUGGUGGGAACUUCAAGGUACUCUCUAGGAGCUCCUGAGCCCGAGCCCCUGCUGAGGGACCCAGACAGAAAGUGUCUACCACACCAGGGCGAGUGCUGCACCGGCGUCACUCCGAAUGCUCUUUCAGCACGUCAGCCUCACCAUUAACCUUAAAAGCACAUCCCUCAGGUCCUGAUAUAUUUCCUUGUAUUCAUUUCAGUUGGCUGGAAAUCACACUGUGCUCAAUGCCUUAAUAAAUCCCUGAAAGAACUCAAUACCAUACUGUGUACAGAGCCUUCAUGUAGCCUCAGCUACUGCUUGGGCUCCUGGCUUCUUCUCAGGCAGGUGAGGGGCCAGGCCGUGUUCCAGAGGCUCUGGGCACUUAGACCCCCACAGGGAUGGGGGUUCAAGGCUCCCAGGGAGAUUGGGGACACAGAAGGUGUCUGACCUGGGCCAACAGGGUAAGCCCCGAGCUUCGUAGGUAUAAGCAGCCUGAGUCCUGUGGGUGUAGGUGUGUGCACAGGCCUGGGCUGCAGCAAGCACUUGGGUUCAGGAAGCUGUUGUGGGGCCACAGGUGACAGGCUGAGCCAUGAGCAUCUCCUAACUUUGCAGCAAGAGCUGAUCAUCAGUGUCUAGCGUCUGCCCUCCCCUACACGGAACAGCUCUCCGUGGUUGUUUUGUUUUUUUUGUAAUAGUUUUAUUGAGGCAUGAUUUGCAUACCAUAAAAUUCACUUGUUUUCAAGUUCUAGUUCGAUGAUUUUUAGUAAAUUUACAGAGUUGUGAACUAUCAUCACAAUGCAAUUUUAGAAUAUUUCCAUCAGCCCAAAAAGACCCCUCCUACCCAUGUGCAGCCAAUCCCUGUUCCCACCCCCAGCUCCAAGCAACCACUAAUCUACUUCCUAUCUAUAGCUUUUAUGGCUGGUAUUUUAAAUAACAGUCUCUGUGAUUUUACCUUGUUCACAGCUGCUGGGUCACACAUCUCAAUAAAUGCAGCAAAACAUCAAGGAAAAUGAA